GCUCCUCGAUUGGGUAUAUGUAGCACAGAAAACUAGUGGACAUGUUCAUGUUGAGUCCGGCCGUCCCAAUGUUGGUGGACCAAAUCCUGCUACUGGUACUAGAUACCCUAUGUGACUACGUGACUUAUUUUUUGGAAAAAGACCAUGCAGUCUUCAUAUUCCAAGAUUUUCGUCACAAGACAAUCGUUGUUUUGCUGCAGUUUCUUGCUUUGAUUCCUCGACGACCAUUCAUCUAUCCCCCUCGGCUCAAGUUGCCAUGAUGGAAAGGUAGCAAUGUUUUGGCCAAUUUGGGCCUUGCUACUGCUGCGUGCCACCGGGAAAGGUGGAACUGCGAGUGGAAGCUAUGGCGGCACCGGAGGAGUCUACUCAGGUGGUGGUAUCGUGGCCUCUCGUGCUGCUUAUGCCAGCACCGGGGCCUUUGCGGCUGUCGUGCUUUUAUCUGCUGGAAGCCGGAGGCGAUAUGGGACCUACUACGAUCCCCAGGACGCAGGAGGCCUUUGCACGUUGCUCUCCGAGGACGAAAUGAACAGCUCAUGCAGCAACCUCAUUGGAAAUGAAACUGUUUGCCAUGAUUGCAUCGCCUGCGAGACGGAGGACUGCAUGACCGAGAUCAGCAACUGUGAUGAGUUCUUGGCCACCGUGUUCACUGAAUGCUGCGUCGAAGACUGUGACGUGGGCAGCUCCACCCCCAUCACAGCUCUCUUCGCAGUCGUUGCAUCGAUUGUUUUUUGCCUGGCGGGCGGCUUCAUUGUUUGGAGUGGCCUGUUGAAGAUGAAGGCCGCGCUGGUCCACCCGUCCGCGGUACCCGGGGCUCCGCCUUCAGACGCCUGGGUACCCGCCAGCCAGCCACAGAUCCAUUGGCCGGUGCAGGAGUUGCCCGGGUCCCAGGUGAACGGUGAUGUCAAGGGGCAGGUCGUCGGCAUCAGUUCUGGCAAGGCCUAAAGCGGUGGGGCGUUCGAGCCCACCACGCAGUGCAGAUGCAGAUGCAGCUCACCAGGCGCCAGCACGGCAGAGAAGAAUCUGACGCUUCUGGGAACGCGUCGUCACGCCCAAGGCGUAGUUGAAGGCGUGCGAUUCCCAUCCUUUUUCGGCUGAGAGCCAGGAGAGAAGGGCCUUUGUUUGGGCAGGUCGAUGUGUUCGAGG